AAUACAUAUAAUAUAUGGUAUGUUACUACAUGUCUAAAUCUAGAAAAUUAUGCAAGAAUAUAUGCAAUCCAUAUAGUCUAUAUUAUAGAAAUAAAAGUUCAACUAAUCCUUUACUAGUAGUAAAGGGUUAGUUAAACAAUUAUUUCUAUAAUAUAGACUAAAUGGAUUAUUUAUAGUGACGGUACUAACAUACCAUAUUAGUACCGUCAACCGGGGUGACUUCGGACAGCGGGGUGACUCCGGACAGAGCAUUACUUAUUAUUCUACUUCAGUUUCUUUUAGUGAUGGCGCGAAACUACAAACGUAAACUAAACUUAAAAGUGUUGUAUGAAACAAGCUCUAAAGAAGAUAUAAAAAAAGCUAUAGAAGAUCACAGUAAAGGCAUGAGUAUUCGAAAAGCUGCUGAUAAGCAUAAAGUCAAAAAAUCAACAUUGCAUGAUCACAUUAGAAAACCCACCUUAAAGAAGGUUGGAGGCCAGACAAUUAUAAGCAAAGCAGAUGAGGUACUCAUUGCUCAAAUGCUAGAAGCUGUUGCCGAUUGGGGCUUUCCUAUUGGAAGAUUAGAAGUCAGAAUGAUGGCUUUUGAUUUCCUCAAAAAUCGCAAUGGGUCAAACAGUUUCAAUUUGCAGAUACCUGGAAAUGACUGGUUAAAUUCUUUUAUGAAACGAAACAAUAUUUCUGGGAGAAAUGCUUCAAAUAUUAAACGAUCGAGAUCAAAGUUAGGAGUAGAAAUGAUAAAUAAUUUUUUUGAUGAAUUUGAAAGAACUUAUGAAUCUCUUGGUGGUAUUCAACCUUCAAACAUAUUUAACUUUGAUGAGACAAACCUUUCAGAUGAUCCUGGAAAAAAGUUUGUUUUAGUUCGAAGAGGAAGACGACGAGUGGAAAACGUUCAAGAACAUAGUAAAACUUCUAUAUCUCUUAUGUGGUGUGGCUCUGCUUCAGGAGUACUACAACCACCUAUGGUAGUUUAUAGAGCAUCGAACGUUUAUAAAGGUUGGGUAACAGGAGGGCUACAGGGAACAAUAUACAGUUGCACAAAAUCAGGUUGGUUUGAUAUGGAGACAUUUGCCAAGUGGUUUGAAAAAUGCUUCUUGCCGAACGUUCAGAAUUUAAAUGGACCCAAGCUUCUUUUAGGAGAUAACUUGGCUUCUCAUUUUAAUCCAGACGUUAUUAAACUUGCUAAGGAGCAUAAUGUUUACUUUGCUAUGUUGCCACCAAAUGCCACACAUUUAAUGCAGCCAUUAGAUGUAUAUGUCUUUGGUCCAAUGAAGCGUUGUUGGAAACAUGUAUUAUAUGAGUGGAGAAAACAAAGCAGAAAAACUGGAUGCUUUCCCAAAGAACAUUUUCCAGCUCUAUUAAAAAGUUUAUCACUUAAGUUGCAAGACACAGUGUGUCAGAAUUUGGUUUCUGGCUUUAUUACAUGCGGACUUUAUCCAAUAAACCGUAUAAAGGUUUUAAAAAGAAUUCCUGAAUACAAGGAACCUGGUACAUCAACAGCAUCCCUUUUAAACGAUUCGGUUACAACUUUGCUAAUGUAUCAUCGUGGUGCAUGUGAAACAAAAAAACCCAGGGGCAAUAAGUUGAACAUUGCAUCUGGGGCAGUUUUAAAUGUCGUUGAAGAUAUUGAAACUGAUCUUUGUUUCAUCUGUGGAAAAGAUGAUAAUGACGAAAACGAUGAAAUCAGUGAAGAAGAAGAAGAAAUUUUAAUUGAUUGGACUGGUUGUGAACGUUGUGGUCGUUGGUAUCAUUCAAAGUGUUUGGAAAAUGCCAUGUCGACUGAUUGCAUUGUAUGCCCAAAACUAUAAAUUUUAUUAAAUUUUUUUAAAAGAUAAUGAUUUGUAUAUGAUUUACUUUUACAGUUGUCAAUAAUUUAAACAAAAUAAGAAAGAUUAGUAAUUGAUUCUUCAUAAUUAAUCAUUGUAGUUGUAUCAUUAUUAUAUGUAUAUUUGAAAUAGUUUAUCAAUAGUUGUUGUUUUUUGUUUUGUUAUUUGAAAUAAAAAAUUAAUUGCUUAAUUAAAAAUUAAAAAAAUUUAAUUAAGCAGCUUUUUUACAUAGUUAUACAUUCAUUUUAAAACUCUUGAUGUUGAAAUUUCAACUUUUAAAAUCUCAAGCUUCAAGUGUCCGGAGUCACCCCAUUUCCCGAUUUUGAUUUUUUGAUUUUUAAACCGUUUUUUUAUGCUAAUAACAUAUUGGAAAGCUGAAAGCCAAAAUUUCUUCACGUUCUUUAUAAUUACAGUGGUACGUUCCACAAAAAUAUUUCCAUUUUGUAUUGAUUUUAAUGAAACAGUUUAAUAUUUUCUUCGAAAAUUGUCCGGAGUCACCCCGGUUGACGGUACCAUGUUAGUUUAAAUCAGUUGUAAAAUUAAAAAUGUUAACAUCUUUGAUAGGUAUAUUUAUUUAGGUUAAUUACAACUAAGUUUACAUGGCUAGUUAAUAUGCUUUUAUAAAUUGCAAUUUUUAUUAAUUUCCAAAUUAAACAUGUGGCAUCCAAUAUCAUAAACUAAGAUUAUACUGGUGUGUUUAUAUUAUUUUAGAAUUUUUUGUUUUAGACACAUGGCAUUUGUUAUCCCACUAAUUUGCUGCUUUAGAGGUGUUGCAUUUAGUGUCACAUUAAUUUACUGUUUUAGACACAUGGCAUGUGGUAUCCCACUACACAUGGUAUAAGCUGUCAUACUACACGUGGCAUGUGGUAUCCCACUAAUUAGCUAUUUUAAACAUGUGACAAGUGGUAUGACACUGUAUUCAUGUAUGUGAAAUGUAUAGUCUUUCAGUCAUCAGAUAAUAUCAAGGAGUUGACAGCAUGGUGUCUGAUUUAAAGUGCGAGCCUGUGUACGAGCAACAACAGUAUUCAAAACCAAAACCUAUUUAAACCAACCAAACCAAAACUAGCGACCAAAAACUAUCUUGGCAUUGGUUUAUUUUAAACAUCUAUUAUAUAUAUGUGUGUUUUUUAUAUAAAUGUACUAGCUUGAGUAUAGUGUA